CAAAACUAUACAUUUCUAUCAUUCAAUACAACAAAUGCAUUGCUUUUUGUUGUGUUUAAAGACUUUUAAUAAAAGCAUUCAAUCAUUCAUUUAAAUCGAUAGACAUUUAAAUCACUUUAAAAAUCAUUUUUUGGUCACUUUUACCCGAUUUUAUAGUUUACCGAACACUAAGAGAUGGCCGACAUUGAGUUGGAUCAGCGUUUGCGGCAAAUUCAGAGCCAAUAUCUGGACUUCUUGGACGAUGAUUCAGAUCAGGGCGUCUACUCGGAUGCGGUCAAAGCUAUGAUCAAAGCCAAUGAGUAUCGUAUUGUCGUUGAUAUCAAUGAUUUGCGUCGAAAACUACCCGAACGUGUGGAACAAUUGUUGAACAAUUCGGUCGAAGAUAUUAUUGCCAUUCAGAGGGCACUCAAAGAGUUUGUCACUAAUACUAAUCCCGAAUACUCUAAACAAUAUUCGGAUUUUUUCGUUGGAUUUGAAGGCAGUUUUGGUUCAAAACACGUAACUCCCAGAACACUAUCAUCUCGUCAUUUGGCGGCUGUAGUUGCCGUCGAAGGUAUUGUCACCCGAUGUUCGCUGGUUCGGCCAAAAGUAGUUAAAUCCGUUCACUAUUGUCCGCAAACAAAGAAAACAGUUGAACGCAAAUACACUGAUUUAACAUCAUUUGAAGCGUUUCCUAGUUCUUCAGCCUAUCCGACCAAAGAUGAAGAUGGAAACCUAUUGGAAACUGAAUUUGGUUUAUCAGUAUAUAAAGAUCAUCAAACAUUUACCAUACAAGAGAUGCCCGAAAAGGCACCGGCCGGUCAAUUGCCCCGAUCUAUUGACAUCAUUGCCGAUAAUGAUUUAGUAGAUAAAUGCAAACCUGGCGAUCGAGUCCAAGUGGUGGGCAGUUAUCGAUGUCUUCCAGCAAAACAAGGCUAUUAUACAAACGGAACUUUUAGGACAGUUAUGUUGUCAACAAAUGUUAAUCUAUUGUCAAAAGAGGUUUCAACCGAAAUAACAGCUGAAGAUUUUGAGAAAUGUAAGAGAUUUAGUCGUCAGAAAAAGGGUGAUGUCUUUGAAAUCUUGUCCCGUUCGUUGGCGCCGUCCAUCUAUGGACACGACUAUAUCAAGAAGGCAUUGCUUUGUAUGCUUUUGGGUGGACUCGAAAAAGUUUUACCCAAUGGUACCAGACUUAGAGGUGAUAUCAAUAUAUUAUUAAUUGGUGACCCAUCGGUCUCCAAAUCUCAACUAUUGCGAUAUGUAUUGAACUGUGCGCCCAGAGCUGUGGCCACUACUGGUCGAGGUUCAUCGGGUGUCGGUUUGACCGCUGCCGUUACAACUGAUCCCGAAACACGCGAUCGUCGUCUAGAAGCCGGUGCUAUGGUUUUAGCUGAUCGCGGAGUUGUCUGUAUUGAUGAAUUCGAUAAGAUGUCGGACAUCGAUAGGACAGCCAUUCACGAAGUUAUGGAACAGGGAAGGGUUACCAUUACUAAAGCUGGUAUUCAUGCAAAACUUAAUGCCAGGUGCUCUGUAUUAGCUGCAGCUAAUCCUGUUUAUGGUCGAUACGAUCAAUACAAGACUCCGAUGGAAAACAUUGGUCUUCAGGACUCAUUGUUGUCUCGAUUUGAUUUACUAUUUAUUAUGUUAGACAAGAAUGAUUUCGAUACCGAUACGGCUAUUGCCGAUCAUGUAGUUAAUAUACAUCGAUAUCGGGCACCGACAGAGGCCGAUGGAGAGCCUCUUCCAAUUAUGAGUAAUGCAGAAUUUUUGUCAACAAAAGACUCGGAAAAGUUAGAUAAAGAGGACACAGAAACUCCUAUUUAUGAGAGACACGACGCUCUACUACAUGGCAAUCGUCCCAAAUCUGAAAAGAUUGUUAGCAUACAAUUCAUGAAGAAAUACAUUCAUAUUGCGAAAGCCAUUAAACCGAAACUAUCGAAAGAGGCGUGUGAUCUGAUUGCUGAAGAGUAUACAAAAUUGAGAUCACAUGAGACGGACACAUCAGAAAUGGCUAGAACCCAACCAGUAACUGCCCGUACUCUUGAAACAAUGAUCCGAUUGGCGACAGCUCACGCCAGAGCACGGCUAUCCAAUAAUAUUGAGAUGCGCGACGCGACCAUUGCUGUCGAAUUGGUUCAGUUUGCUAUAUUUAAAGAGGUAUUAAGUCGUCCGAAGAAAAGAAAGAGAGAAGACGAUGAGGCAAUGGCUGACGAGGAAGAAAGCGAUGAAGAAGAUAUGGAUGUCGAUACAGAGCCCAGAUCUCAACCGAAACGUCGCAUGAAAAAAGAGCGAACAACUGAUGAUCCGUAUGAGUUUGAUGAAGAAGAAGUAGACGACGAUGAAGCAGAAGAAACUAAAUUGCAGUCAAAGAUUAAGAAAUCACAAACAAUAACAACGGUGUCCACUGAAGAUCUUCCCAAACUUAGUGAUCAAAGGCUCAAACAGUUUCGAUCGUUUUUGUCGAAAGAAUUUCGCAAAGUUAAUGCUCAGUCGUUACCACUUCAACAGAUCUAUGACUCGGCACUGAAUGAAAAGGAACUUAAUUUUACUAAAUUGGAAGUCCAGUCGGCGCUCAAUUCAAUGCAAGAAGAUUUCAAUCAAAUCUUCAUAUCCAAUGAUAUCGUUAUUUUGGUCUAAUUUUUAGUACAUAUUUUUAAAAUUAAUUUUUUGCAAAACUGAUUAUCAUUUUAACCAUUUUAAGCAUUUUGUUAUUACGGCAAUUAACUUAU